AUGAGUUUGCUGGAGCUUAUUUUCUUAACCUCCACUAACAAUGGAGGUGAAGAUCAAUCACCAAAUGUUAAAGAUCAUAAACAAGAUCAAUCCACAAGCACAAAAAGUUCCGAUCUUUCUAAUAGUCAAAAGAAUGACAUGACAAUAGCUAAACAUGAUGCAAAUAUAGAACAUCCCUUCGAUGCAUCUCGCAAAAUCGAUACUGAUUUAAAUCAAGAAAAAACAAAGAGUUUACCAGCUGCUGAUUGGGCUCGGGUUCUUGAGGCUGCAACCCAAAGAAGGACAGAGGUUCUUCAGCCUGAGAAUCUUGAAAAUAUGUGGACAAAAGGAAGAAACUACAAGAAGAAAGCUCAGAAGCAUGCUACUCGAGGGCAAAAUAGUAAUAUCAAGAAAGAUAAGCUUGAGAGUUCGAGUUCUGAAAAGUUUCCACCAAGGCCUCAUGAUGUUGAUCAGAGGAAUACUUUGAGUCUUGAUGGGGGAGCUGAAGAGAGUUCUAGUAUAAUUAAGUUUAGGAAAUCUAACAGCACAUCUGAUUUGAUCAAGGAAACCCAGAUUGAAACCGGGUAUCCGGAUCAAGUCAGUGGGUCGAUUAUCUCAGAGUUUUAUACUGCAAAUGUUGGCAAAAAAGAUGUACAUAGUGUUAAUGUUGCUUCUGAUAAAGUAUUACGCAUUGAAGGAUGUGUCCCAAAGCUUAAGUGCAGGGUUCUAGGAGCUUAUUUUGAGAAACUUGGGUCAAAAUCUUUUGCAGUUUAUUCAAUUGCAGUUACGGAUGCUGAAAACAACACUUGGUUUGUUAAAAGAAGAUACAGGAAUUUUGAGAGAUUGCAUCGCCAGCUAAAGGACAUUCCAAACUAUACUUUACAUUUGCCUCCUAAAAGGAUAUUUUCUUCAAGUACAGAAGAUGCAUUUGUUCAUCAACGUUGCAUUCAUCUUGACAAAUAUUUACAAGAACUUUUAUCAAUAGCUAAUGUUGCAGAGCAACAUGAAGUGUGGGACUUUUUGAGUAUCUCAUCAAGGAAUUACUCUUUUGGAAAGUCUUCUUCAGUAAUGAGAACCUUAGCAGUGAAUGUGGAUGAUGCUGUGGAUGAUAUUGUCCGUCAGUUUAAAGGUGUUUCAGAUGGUUUGAUUAGGAAAGUUGUGGGCCCAUCUUUCACUGUUGAGCCCAUGAGCAAAAGUUUAACAUGGAAAGCAGAUGAACUCAGUAAUUCCUACUCCUACACAAGGCAAGCAACAUCGGAAUCAGCAAAUAGUCUUUCCGAUAACGAGGAGAAUGGAGUCGUUGAUUCCAUUCCCACUGCACAACCUAACGGGUGGCAUUCAGACAACGAGUUAAACUCAAAAGGAUUCCCACCAAGAGUUGUCAAACAUGAUGAUCUUUUAAGAAGCUUAGAUCAUGAGAAAAGAGCUGAAAUACUCAAUCUUGCUGCAAAUUUUCCUUCAACUUCUGAUUCCAUGGAAGAUCCACUCGGUGUCCCAGCAGAGUGGACACCACCUAAUGUGAGUGUUCCUUUGCUAAAUUUAGUGGACAAUAUAUUUCAACUUAAUCGAAGAGGGUGGUUAAGACGACAGGUGUUUUGGAUAUCAAAGCAAAUUUUACAGUUGAUGAUGGAAGAUGCUAUUGAUGAUUGGCUUUUAAGGCAAAUACAUUGGCUUAGAAGAGACGACAUUGUUGCUCAUGGGAUACGUUGGAUACAAGAUGUUUUAUGGCCUGAAGGCAUAUUUUUUACAAGAUUAACUACUCAAAAUCAAACGGGUUCUUAUCAUUCUGAUCAAGAUACUCCAAAAACAGCAACUCAUUCAUCGGGCAGUAAGGUCUAUAAACAAGGGUCGUUUGAGGAGCAACUGGAGGCUGCCCGAAGGGCUAGUGAUGUCAAAAAGAUGAUUUUUAACGGAGCGCCUUCCACAUUGGUGAGCUUGAUCGGUCAUAACCAAUACAAGCGUUGUGCGAAAGACGUGUAUUAUUUUCUCCAGUCUGCUGUCUGUUUGAAGCAACUUGCGUAUGGAUUACUCGAACUUGUGAUCAUAACGGUUUUCCCAGAGCUGCAUGAUAUCGUAACAGAUGUUCAUAAGAAGGAAGCAACAUGAGUGUAGAUUAUUCCAUGAUUCCACUGAAUUUUUCUCGGUUUUUGCCUUUUGAGUUUUGGAUAUGUUGGUUGAUGUUUAUUUUUCUCUGAUUUGGCUAUAACUGUACAAAAGGUGUUAAGUUAGUAGUGUGUGC